UAUGGAAGUAAAUGCAUGCACGCAUUGCUCAGCAUGCAAGGCGGACUGGCGGCCUGCAUGUCGACUUUCGAAGGGCAGGGAAGACUCAGGGUGGGGAUUCAGGUGUUCUCAGAGAGCUCUUUGCAAUGACCUUGCCAGCUAGCGACGCACUCUGCUUUGGACGUUUGCUGACCUUGCGCUCGAUGCUGCAGGCACCUUUGUCGACCUUCUGUGCUACCUAUCAAAAAAUCAGAAACUUAGGAAGCAGAUACGGUGGACGCUGAUCUGUCAAAGCAUCGGGGAGCGAAGCAGCUCAGUCAUCAACCCUUCAGCUGAGCUCGCGCAAUCGGAAGCCCAGAUUGCGAAGCCGAGACGACUUCGAUAUGUCAACCAGCUAAGGAUACACCAGGAGUGAGCAGCGGAUGACAUCUUCAAGUUGAAAUCUAUCAGCGUUCAGAAGAAGCGUUUCCCGGUUAAUUUGAGGCCACUCGGUCUUCGUUUGCCAGGAUUCAUUUACGUCGCUACAUCAAGAGCCUUUACACACAUUCGACCAUGGAGACCCUGAAGGACACCAUGUUGGUUGGACUGAACGGCGUGCUGGAGUUGAUCUGGCCGCUCAUCAUGCUAGUUACUCUGGUGACGACCUACCCGGUGCUGGCGCUCUGGCGCGUGCUGCGGCGGCUCUUCACCUUCCCCCUGUCCAUGCAAGACAAGGUCGUGCUCAUCACGGGGGCCAGCUCGGGGAUUGGGGAGCAUAUCGCCUACGAAUACUCUAGGCUGGGAGCACUGCUCGCUCUGGUCGCUCGACGGGGUGAGCAGUUGGAGGCCGUUGCUCAAAAGUGCAGGGGCUUCGGUUGCAAGGACGUGUUGACCAUUCAGUCGGACAUGGGCGACGAGGAAGGGUGCAAGAAGGCGGUGGACGAGACCGUCCAGCACUUCCAGAGGCUUGACACCUUGGUGUUGAACGCCGGACUGAUUCAGAUCUUUCCUUUCGAGGAACUGGAAGAUACACAGAAGGUCCGCUCGAUCAUGGACGUCAACUUCUGGGGUUACGUCAACACGACCAAGUUCGCGCUGCCGCACCUGCGCCGCAGCGGGGGUCAGCUCGUCGUCAACGACUCCGUCGCGUCCUACUUGCCACAGCUCAAGAACACCAUCUACAACGCGUCCAAGGCCGCGGUGAGCGCGUUCUUCGAGACGCUCCGCCUGGAGCUGGGCAGCGACGUGCCCAUCACGCUCUUCCUGCCGGGCGUCGUCAAGUCCGACAUGACGGACGGCAAGGCCGUGCAGCCCAGCGGCGAGUUCGCCACCGGGGACACCGCCGUGCGCCGCCGCGGGGAGGCUGGCUUUGGCCUCUUCCCGGUCUUCCCCACCCCCGCGCUCGCGCGCCGCGCGGUCGCGGCCGCGCGCUACCGCCUGCAGCGCGUGGUGAUCCCGUCGUGGUACAGCCUCAUGUUCUACAUCCAGGCGUUCGAGCCGGAGCUUCUGCAGCUGCAGCUGUGGUCGCAGUUCAGCGGCAAGAAUUCGCCCGUAAAGAAGACCACCGAAAUGCUGGGUGGGGGUCUGAAAGCGCCCAAGGACUUCAACUUCAAGGAGGGGCGGGGAUACAAGAAGGAGGAGUAGGGUUACGAGGACAACCGUCAAAGGAGCAAACUUCCUGUGUGGUUGAUUGUUAUAAUCUCGAACAUUUUCGAUAUAAAAGAUAGAUGCGACUUUUGUCACGCUCAUAGAAGGCCAGUACAUAUCAGUGGGUGAAAGAGGUGAAGUCUGCCGCUUCCAACAUAGUCCUUACCGCCUCACUUUUUUGAGUAUAAACAACAGCCUUUUCAUUGUGCGCAUGCAAAACCACAUGAAGAUUAUACGACGUAGAAAUUGUAAAAUUCUGAAACUUACCUUGUUAACAAAACGAGAGGAAAAACUCUACUGUUAGCUGAUAUCAUAUGAGACCGAUUUGUCACAAUAACUAAAAGUCUACAUGAUCCUCGAGGACCUUCCGGCAGGCUGACGACUGAUAUCCAGUAACGUAAUCUAAACUUAGCGUUUCAAUGCAACAUGUUUGAAUUAAUUGCA